UGUCAGAAACAGUUGAUUAUAAUGUCAGUACUGUCCAAUUUACGGGCUUAAAGCAGCAGCAGCGUACUGCAUUUUCCCUGAAGUAUUCAAAGAUCCUGACUCUUAAAAACUUUUUAGUUCUUGUAAUAGGAGUGGGGAAUCAUGAUUUGGACAAAUGGUACAACUAUCUAUACCAGAUUUCUUAUGUGGCUUCUUCUCCUGUACAUGUUCAUCAGGAAGGUAAUGCCUGAAGAUAACAUCGUUACAACAAAGAAAGGCAGAGUCAGAGGGAUGAACCUGCAGGUACUGGGGGGAACUGUGACAGCCUUCCUUGGAAUACCUUAUGGACAGCCACCCAUUGGUAGACUGAGAUUUCAAAAACCAGAACCUCGUGAGCAGUGGUCAGAUAUUUGGGAUGCCACAAAACAUGCAAACUCUUGUUACCAGCUGAUAGAUACAACUUACCCGGGAUUUCCUGGCUCAGAGAUGUGGAAUCCAAAAACUAACCUAAGUGAAGACUGCUUAUACCUUAACCUGUGGGUUCCCUCUCCCAAACCCAAGAACGCAACUGUCAUGGUAUGGAUAUAUGGGGGUGGCUUUGAGACUGGGUCGUCUUCCUUACUGGUCUAUGAUGGCAAGUUUCUGGCCAGGGUAGAAAGAGUCAUUGUAGUUUCCAUGAACUACAGGACUGGUGCAUUGGGAUUUUUGGCUUUGCCAGGAAAUCAGGCAGCUCCUGGAAAUGCAGGUUUAUUUGAUCAAAGAUUGGCACUUCAGUGGGUCCAGGAGAACAUAGCAGCAUUUGGAGGCAAUCCAAAAAGUGUGACUAUAUUCGGAGAGAGCGCUGGCUCGGCUUCUGUCAGCUACCAUAUCCUUUCCCCAAAAAGCCAUUCUUUAUUCACAAGAGCCAUCAUGCAAAGUGGAUCUGCAAAUGCCCCGUGGGCUGCAAUAACAGCAUCUGAAGCCAGAAACAGGACGGUGGCGUUAGCGAAACAACUCCAGUGUCCCACCAGCAAUGAGACAGAGCUAAUUCUCUGUCUCCAAGACAAGGACCCAAAGGAUAUACUGGAGAAUGAAAUUUUUGUUCUAACAUACAACUCCCUUUUACAAGUAUAUUUUUGUCCAAGUGUGGAUGGGGAUUUUCUCUCGGACAUGCCAGAAGCAUUGAUUGAGAAUGGCCUUUUCAAAAAGACACAGAUCUUAGUUGGUGUUAAUAAAGACGAAGGAUCGGGAUUUCUAGCAUAUGGAGUCCCUGGCUUCAGCAAGGAUAGUGAUGGCUUGAUCAAUAAAACAGAAUUUGAAGCAGCUUUAACUCUGUCCUUCCCAGAAGCAAGCCAACUUGCAAUAGAAUCAAUCAUUUUUCAGUACACAGACUGGGAAAAUGAGCAAAAGCCAGAACAUUACCGUGAUGCCAUGGAUGAUAUCAUUGGUGACUACAACAUAAUAUGUCCUGCAAUGAAAUUCACCAAAAAAUUUGCACAACUAGGACACAAUGCAUUUUUUUAUUUCUUUGAACAUCGAUCCUCAAAGCUCCCUUGGCCAGAGUGGAUGGGAGUAAUGCACGGUUAUGAGAUCGAGUUUGUGUUUGGAUUACCCCUAGAAAGAAGAGUGAAUUACACCAAAGCUGAAGAAAUCUUAAGCCGGUCCAUGUUGAGAUACUGGGCAACUUUUGCAAAAACUGGAGCUCCAAAUGGGACCCUGAUUAAUGGAACAAGAUGGCCAGUCUUCACUAGUACUGAACAAAAAUAUUUAACAUUAAAUACUGACUCCUCAGAGAUACUGACAAAACUACGUGCUCAACAGUGUCGAUUUUGGAAUAUUUUUUUCCCCAGAGUCCUGGAAUUAACAGGAAAUAUUGAUGAAGCAGAACGAGAAUGGAAAGCAGGAUUCCAUCGCUGGAACAAUUACAUGUCAGACUGGAAAAAUCAGUUUAAUGAUUACACUAGCAAGAAGGAGAGAUGUGCAGGCUCUAAUUAAUAUGUUUACUCUUU